UGCUUAAACAGGACGAAAAACACCAGGCGUUCCCGACUUAGUGAUCAUUCAGGGCAAAAAAAAAAUCAUUAGAUCUGAAGGCGCCCCGAUGCGCGUCCACGAUGCGGUGCCAAGCGCGUCCCCGCCCCCUACCAGUUUGGUUCCCAUUUCUUCAAGCUCAUUUCCAUGACGUCUAAAAAAGACCUGAUGGGGGAAAACGAUUCUUCGUUGUGAUCCAGCAUCCAAGUGAUGUACUGGUACACUGAAAAAGCAUCAUCAGAGCUCGGAGCGGCAGAAUCUCCGUUACUCCAUUGAACGCGCUUUGUAGCAGAUCUGCAUUCUAAAUAAUCCUAUAGAAAGGGGGCAUUUCAUUCCCAUCACGUCUCCACUUUUUUCCUCCUUUGCCUCAGCCACAGCAGGAGUAGGGAGAGAGAGAGAUGGAGAGAGGGAGAGAGAUCCAACAAUCUUUAAACUCUAGUCUUUUUCGGAUGCUCUAAAAUUCCACUGCAAAAGAUCAGUGAGACGCUUUUUCACUUACUGCGCAGUAUCAUCUGGUUUUCAAGAAGGAUGCUGUGGGUAACUCUAUUAAGCACAAUAGCUUUAGGAUGGACUACUCCAAUCCCUUUGUUGGAAGACUCGGAGGAAAUAGACGAACCUUGCCUUGACCCUUGUGAAUGCGAAGUGAAGGAAAGCAUUUUCCAUAUACAUUGCGACAGCAAGGGAUUUACAAAUAUCAGCCAGAUUUCACAGUCAUGGUCAAGGCCGUUUAAACUUUACCUGCAGAGAAACUCCCUUCGAAAACUGUAUUUUAAUAGUUUUCUUCAUUUGAACAACGCAGUGUCAAUUAACUUGGGCAACAAUGCACUGCAGGACAUCCAGGCUGGAGCGUUUAAUAACCUUAACAAUUUAAAAAGGUUAUAUUUAAACGAGAACAAACUGGAGGUGUUUAGAAAUGACACCUUUAUGGGACUGGAAAGUUUGGAAUACCUUCAAGCUGAUUACAAUGUCAUUAAAAGGAUUGAAAGUGGAGCCUUUAGAAACCUAAGCAAACUGCGAGUUCUAAUACUUAAUGACAAUUUGAUUCCUAUGCUACCAAGUUAUCUUUUCAGGUCUGUGUCUUUAACGCACCUUGAUUUACGUGGGAACCGAUUAAAAAUAUUAUAUUACAAGGGCAUGUUGGAAUACAUUGGCAGAAGCCUUAUGGAGAUCCAGCUCGAGGAGAAUCCUUGGAAUUGCAAUUGUGAUAUUGUACAGCUAAAAACUUUUCUGGAGCGUAUCCCAUAUACAGCGUUGGUGGGUGAAAUUACGUGUGAGACUCCUUUCCAUUUUCAUGGCAAGGACCUGAGGGAGAUUAAAAGAAGUGAACUGUGUCCUCAGAUGUCUGAGGCAGAGGUUGAAGCCAGCUUAGGGAUCCCCCGGCAGGCUUUUAACUAUGAGAACACGUUACCUACGAAGCCUUCCUCGAUGCUCUCCUCUUAUCAUAAUACUGCGUCUUCUGUUGAUAAGACCCCGGACAAACCGCGGCCGCCAACGAAAAGACCAAGAAUGCAGAAACCUCCCCCAACUCCUCGCACUAACUAUCUGGGGCCCAAUCAGCCCCCAAUAGCCGCUUACCAGACUAGACCCCCCAUACCCAUCAUUUGCCCCAAUGGUUGCACCUGCAAUUUGCACAUCAACGAUUUAGGAUUAACAGUGAAUUGCAAAGAGAAGGGGCUUCACAAUAUCUCAGAACUUCUCCCCAGGCCAUUAAAUGCUAAACAUUUAUACUUAAGUGGAAACUUAAUUCAGAAAAUAUAUAGGUCGGAUUUCUGGAACUUUUCAAGUCUGGAUUUACUUCAUCUGGGCAACAACAGGAUAUCUUACGUACAGGACGGGGCGUUCAUCAACCUGCCGAAUUUAAAAAGACUAUACUUGAAUGGAAAUGAUAUCGAAAGGCUUACCCCUGGUAUGUUCAGAGGGCUGCAGUCUUUGAGUUACUUGUACUUCGAGUAUAACGUAAUACGAGAAAUUCAGCCGGCUGCCUUUAGCUUAAUGCCUAAUCUCCAAUUACUGUUCCUCAAUGCCAACCUACUGCGAACGCUGCCAACAGACGCCUUCGCGGGCACCUCGCUUGCCAGGCUGAAUCUGAGAAAUAACCAUUUCCUUUAUUUGCCAGUAAAUGGCGUCCUUGAGCACCUAAACUCCAUCGUCCAGAUUGACCUGCAUCAGAAUCCGUGGGACUGCACUUGUGACAUUAUACCUCUCAAGCAGUGGAUGGAGAAACUUAGCACAGUAAUUAUGGUGGGGGAGGUCAUAUGCAAGACCCCCGAAUCUUUAACGGGAAAGGAUCUGAGGUCUCUUGAAAUUGAGCUUUUGUGUCCAGAAUUAAGACAAUCCACUGCAUCUCCUGCUUCGCCAGACAGCAUGAUCCCCACCAGCAAUUUCGGGCUCGGAUUCCCUCCGAGGGGCGCCAUCCCGUUAUCUGUACUCAUCCUCAGCCUUUUGGUCCUAUUCAUCCUAGCCGUUUUCAUUGCUGCUGGACUGUUUGCUUUUGUGCUGAGGAGACGUAAAAAAUUGCCUUUCAGAAAAAGGCAAGAAGUAGACCUGACUGGCAUUCAAAUACAGUGCAGGAUGUUCGAGGAGAAGCAGAGUGCUUCUCCUGAAAAAGCACCGGGACACGUUUACGAUUACAUCCCACACCCGGUAACACAAAUGUGCAACAACCCCAUUUACAAACCCCGUGAAGGGGAAAUGGAUGAGGAAUUUGCAGAGACAAAAGAGAACAACACAAACUAUAGGACUUUAAUAGAAAAAGAAAAAGAGUGGACAAUGGCAGUUUCAAAUUCUCAACUCAAUACCAUAGUAACAAUUAAUCAAUCGGGGGACAUUGCAGGCUUCCACGAAAAUGGUGUGCUCUGCCCGGGUGUUAUAGACAGAGAGAGACCAGCCCCUACGGUGGGCUUUGUAGACUGCCUUUACGGCACAGUCCCUAAAUUAAAGGACCUGCACGCCCACCCUCCUGGAAUGCAAUAUCCUGAUUUACAACAAGAUGCCAGGCUAAAAGAAACCCUUCUUUUUACGACUGGAAAGGGAUUCCCUGACCAAACUCAAAGCGAAUACCUCGAGUUAAGGGCCAAACUCCAAACGAAGCCGGAUUACCUCGAAGUCCUGGAAAAGUCGACAUAUCGAUUUUAGAAGUAUAUUUACAUUUAAUAGCCCAAAAAGCAGCAUGAAUUUAAAAAAAAAGAAAGAAAAUAUAUAUUAGUAUAUUUUCCCCAAAUUGCUUUGGAGGAAAGGCCAUACUCAGAUAUUCAAUAAAGUGCCUUUUUACAGAGUAGCCAGCAAUGUUAUCAAUCAUUAUUUUUUUACUGAACUAAUUUGACUGUGCCAUCGGAGACAUGGGGAGCUGUUGAUUCUAAAUUCUAACACGCAGUCUUUAUGCAGUUGGUGGACCAUCCUCAUGUUUCGGAUAUAUGAUGGGGAAAAUGGAUGUCUCGGUGACUAUCCUAUUUAUAAAUCGCCCAAGGCACAGUUUGUACAUUAAUGCAGUUUGCUGCAUGUAUUAAAACUGCAGGGUGGGUAUUGCUCAAACGACAACACACUUAAUAAUGGAGUAACUUCAACGCUUUAUUGUUCAGUGUUCUAUUUAAUUUUCUAUAUAUACAAGGACGAAUGAGUACUACUGUAUCUCAAGGACGCACCUAAGGACCGAUAUUUGUGAAUAUAUAACGCUCAAGAUUUUAUUGAGGUCGACGCACUUUCUUAAAAGCUCCUGGAUACUCUCACUAACAGCUUUGUAGGAAGCACUUUUAAUGUUUUCUCUCUCACAACGAUUUGGAAAAAAAUGUGCAUAUAUUUAUUCUGUAAUUUCAGUGAAAAUAAUUGUAAAGGUAAUGUUAAAUCAAUGUAUAGUGAAUAUGCGUCUGGUAUAGCCUUCUUAAUAAAACCUCUUCAAUCAAAAUACAGGGUGCUAAACAAAAAAUUUCUGACUGUAAAUGAAAUAAAAGAUUAAACAUUAAAAGGUAGGUAACCCCUAAUGUUUAUCUUGGGCAAACAAAUGCAGGGCAUGCAUUACUUUAAAUUACGAUUUUGUUUAGGAUUUGCUAUUGUUUGAUAAGUUAAUUUUCACAGAGAGCAACUACAGUAGAAACAAAUAUAAAAAUGCAGACAGAAUAUACUGUGGUCUUUUUUUAAUGCAGUAGUUGAUAUGAUCCUCUAGUCUCGUGAUAAGAUACUGAAAACGAACCAUGUACUAACUUUGUUGAUAGGUUUCAGAAUAGAAACGUUAACCAGACUGAUAGCUCGAGUAAAAUAAAUGUGGCUAAUGCGUUUUUAAUUGGAAAAUAAAU